UUCUCCUUCACAUUUCUUCUAUAUAUACCCAGUCUCCUCCCCUCGCCUUCCUUCCCUUCCCAUCAAUCCGUCCACAAUCAAACCACUUCCAUCUCUCAAUUCUCAAGCACACACACAAUCCAACAAGCUUCUCGAAGAAUUCUCGAUCGAGGUGGAGUGGUGGUGUAUGCGCGAUGGGGCUGGAUGUGGGGGAAAUCGGCGUCGGCGCGGCGGACCUGAGCCUGGAUCUCAAGAUGUUCGCCGCCAAGAGCUUCGGCCGCGUCAGGGGCAAGGACACCACCACCACCGCCAUGGGUGACUGCAUCCGGAGGCUCGAGGAGGAGAUGGGCAAGAUCGAGGUCUUCCGCCGCGAGCUCCCCCUCUGCGUCCGCCUCCUCGCCGACGUGAUUGAUGUGAUGAAGGAGGAGGUGGAGAAGAAGGGUGGUGAUCGUAAGGAGGAUGAGGAGGACGCCGCCGGCGACAAGAGCAACUGGAUGAGCACCGCGCAGCUCUGGACUGGGAAUUCCGGCGGCCCAGACGCCGCCGCCGCUGAUCCAGAGAAGCAGGACAAGGUGAGGAUCUCGUCGGAGGCGAAGUCCAACGGCGGCGCGUUUGUGGGCUCUGGCGCGCCGGCUUUCGCGCGGCCGAAGCAGAGCUUGAUGAGGAAGGAGGACAUGGCGUACGACGUCAGGAUGCCGGAUCUGUCGCUGCUCUCGCCGCCUGCUUCCGCCGCCGCCGCCGACGAAAGCCGCCGUCAGGUCGUGGGCUUCUCCCAGGCCGCGGCGAGGGCUGCCGCCAUGGCGGCGUCUGGCCCCGCUCUCAGCCUCCAGCCCCAGCCUCAGCCGGCGGCGGCGCAGCAGCAGCAGCAGGCGAGGAAGACGAGGCGGUGCUGGUCGCCGGACCUCCACCGCAAGUUCGUCGCCGCCUUGCAGCAACUCGGUGGCCCUCAAGUUGCCACUCCAAAGCAAAUCAGGGAGCUGAUGAAGGUGGAUGGACUGACAAAUGACGAGGUCAAAAGCCAUCUUCAGAAGUACCGCCUGCACAACCGGCCGAGAGUGCCAAGCUCAACAAUUGUGAACCAACCGAUUGUGCUCAUGCAAGGGCUCUGUUACAUUCCUCAAGAGCAAAGCAGCUCCCAGUCUGGAUCCCCUGAGGGUCCUCUCCAUUUCUCAGGCUCAGGCAUGGCCGGUGGCGGCUCAUCGGCGGCGACGGUCAGCUGCGAGGAGGAGGAUGGCAGGUCUGAGAGCUAUGGCUGGAAAUGAUCCAAGAUGAUGUUGCAUCAGAAAUUUUCAUCACAGCUUUGGUGGGUUAGGUUAAUUGCGGCGCGGCGAUGAAAAAUAAUACCAGAUCUUCAGGGAGGAGUUUGAGAGGAGAGACUAGUGUAGGUGUUUGUAUACAGUGAGAUCGAGCCUUGAGUGCUUGAGAUGAAACUGAUGGUGAGUUGGUUGUUGUCAUGUAUAUCGAAAGAGAUGAUACUAGCUACAGUUUUGCGGCGAGUUUUGCCGGUUAAAGGAUUCGGGCAGAGCUACAGUUUUCGCCCUGAGAAUUUUACCCAUAUCGUGUUUCCAA